UGGAUAAGCUGCUUGCUUGGACCAUGUUCUGAGAUGCGAUGUUGGAAAUCCUAGUGACAUUGAUUUAUAUGUUUAAAAUUUUGAACCCUAGCAGCUCUAAGCAUUUGGGAGCAAUUUCACAGUCCAGGCAGUAUGAAAUCGUUACAGAACCCGUCAAAGUGUAUCCUUCAUGACUAUCUUGCCCAUACCAUUACACUGAAAAUGGUCUUGAUAGAACCGCAUUGAAUCUCAAUCCACUGUAAUACUAUAACACCCUCAACGAAACGUUCACCGAAAUAAGUGCUGCAAUCAUCCCUGUCAUCAAAUGCUAUAAAAUUAGGAGCUGCUGCGCUUUCACUGUGUUGAGCUGAUGCUUCUCUAUAUUUAAUCGCAUUCCUGAAGGAGAGUAAUCGCCCUUAGAGUCACAAAAUCUAUUGUGGGCAGGAGAGCAAAAUCUUAAUCGCCGUUAGAGGUUCGUGUGCUCAACCAAAUGCGAUUAGCCUAGCUCCCAGUCACCCAAGCCCGCCUCUCUUCCCAUAUUUUUCUUCAUAAUGUCCGCAGUAUCUACUCCUUGUGUAUCCACAAUAAUUUUGUCCCCGUAUUAGUUAUUGGCCUGCUGCAAGCUUAGAUUCGGUAUCCACUUUGUGAGGAGCGAUGGCAGCUAUGGCAGCAGCGAAGGUUUAGUUUUUGGGCCAGCACGUACUGGCUAGCAGGAGCGAGGUGGUAGGUCAGAAGCCGGGUGCCAAGCGCGCAGUGUCUCUGCUCAACUUCGGCAAGCAGGACGUCGAAGAACCAGCAACGAGGAGUUGGCAAAGUGGUAAGUUAAGUUUUCAGUGUCUAGGUCGGGUUAACUUGUGUAUGGAAUCUGCGUGGUAUGAGGACGUUACAAUGCAGGGUUGGAGCUAGCGGACGUGGGUGCCUAGCACAAGGAUUGGUCGAAUUCUGGUGCAAUUGUGCGUCUUUCUUACUUGAAUAAUGCCUGAGUCUAGUACCGAUCAUAUUUGGCUACGGCUGUGGCUCGUAACGCAGCCUUACGAACAAUGCGACUUGUGUUGACUAUGGAUAUGUUGCACUUAACAUUGAGUCAUGCAGGUCCCGACAGGACCAUCUACUUGCUCGAGGGUCUCUUGGCUAAGAACGAGAUCCCCGAGUAUUUGACUGGGGAGGUCCCUGGAGACUAUGGGUGCUACCCUCUUGGUCUGUCCAUGAAGUCGGAGGACUUCGACAAACUGGAGGUUUGCUGCUGGAAGGUGACUCUAUCAAAUAUUUCGGAGCUACUAUUCCCAUCAAUCUGGCAGCCGCAGUGAUUGCCGAGGUGAUAUUGGUUAGAGGAGCCGAAUUCUACAGGUCGACUAAUAAGUCUCCAUUGGGAUCGGGAAGCGCUCAAUGUUAUAGCUACUGCAUGCUUCAUCUCCGUGAAAUGCGUCUCUAACCGAUGGUUCCUGAUGUUUCGGUGGUCAUUAUUCGGAGUGCUAAACUGCUUUCGCAAUCAUGUGACGUGCAGGAUCUUGACCGACUAUACCCAGGAGGAGCGUUCGACCCUCUGGGUCUUGCCAAUGAUCCCGAAUAGUUCGUCUUGUUGAAGGUGAAGGAGAUCACGAACGGUAGGCUGGCUAUGUUCUCCAUGCUGGGGUUCUUCGUCCAGGCUUACAUGCCUGGCCAGUCCAGAACUUGGCUGCUCACUUGAGCGAUCCGUUCGGAGGCAAUCUGCUGACAAUGAUCCAGGGAUCAGCAGAGCUCUUCCCAAGCCUAAAAGAGAUUUGUCAACAUUACCUUGGUCCUGCAAGGUUUAGACUUUGUUUAAAUGUAUGUAGGAUGGUAUUUAGGUGGAUACGACGUGCUUAGUCAUCGUGUACUUCUGGCUUGAGCUUGGCCCGAGGCUAAAUGCUGACAGUAUUUUUUGAGGUAUGACUGCCAUUUUUGAAGUGUGGCAGCCAGUUCAUGUGUGCUGAACAUGCUUAGAAACGGGUGGACAAAAUAAAUCCUUAUCCCAAUGAUUAUGCAUUUUCAA